AAAUAAUCAGGUUAAAGUUAAACCCAGCUAUAAAUUUUCCGAUCUCUGCUUCACUUCCUCUUUCACAUGGUGGAGAAGAACACACAGUGAGAAGAGAAAACCUGUGUGUGUGUGAAUGAGUGAGUGUUGCUUCUUCUUCUGAAUCAACCAUCAUCAUCAUCAUCCUCUCUGAUUUCAAUACCAAAAUGGUGAAUCCCCGAUUUCCACGCUCCAGGAUCCGAACCUUCGGCUUCUCCUUCACACUCUUCGCUUCUGCGAUUUCCAUCGCCCUCUGCAUUUGUUUCGCUUUCACCUUUCUCUUCACCACCUACUCUUACGCCUCGCAUCAGCAACACCAUUCGGUUUCUGAUGGUGGUAUUGCUCAUGGAUUUGAGUCAAUAAGGAGAUCCAUUCUUGCUCUGAAAACAGAUCCCCUCAAGCCUCGCUUGGACCAGAUCCGUAAGCAAGCUGAGGAUCAUCGAUCUUUGGCUCUUGUGUAUGCUUCUUAUGCGCGAAAGCUCAAGCUUGAGAGCUCAAAGCUUGUUAGAAUUUUCGCAGAACUAUCGCGGAGCUUCUUGGAUUUGAUGAACAAACCUCAAUACAGGUCUCUUCUCAGCAAUGAUGGAGCCCCUGUUGAUGAAUCAGUGGUUCGCCAGUUGGAAAAGGAAGUGAAGGAGCGGAUUAAAACCACACGGCAGGUGAUUAGCGAAGCCAAGGAAUCCUUUGAUAACCAGCUCAAGAUUCAGAAGUUGAAGGAUACUAUUUUUGCUGUGAAUGAGCAGUUAACAAAGGCGAAGAAGCAGGGAGCUUUCUCCAGCUUGAUUGCAGCCAAGUCAAUUCCGAAAAGCCUACACUGUCUCUCAAUGAGGUUGAUGGAAGAGCGGAUCGCUCAUGCGGAGAAGUAUUCAGAUGAGGGGAAGCCUACUCCUCCAGAAGUGGAAGACCCUAACUUGUACCACUAUGCCUUAUUCUCGGACAAUGUUGUCGCGGCUUCUGUUGUGGUCAAUUCAGCAACAAAGAAUGCACAGGAACCAUGGAAGCAUGUGUUUCAUGUUGUGACUGAUAAGAUGAACCUGGGAGCAAUGCAAGUAAUGUUUAAGUUGAAGGAUUACAAUGGUGCACACAUUGAGGUUAAGGCAGUUGAGGAUUACAAAUUCCUGAAUUCUUCUUAUGUGCCGGUCCUUCGACAGUUGGAGUCUGCUAACCUGCAGAGAUUUUACUUUGAGAACAAGCUUGAGAAUGCGACGAAGGACACAACAAAUAUGAAGUUCAGGAAUCCUAAAUAUCUGUCAAUAUUGAACCAUUUGCGAUUCUAUUUGCCAGAAAUGUACCCAAAGCUGCAUAAAAUCUUAUUUUUGGAUGACGACAUCGUAGUUCAGAAGGACCUUACUGGUCUAUGGAAGAUUGACAUGGAUGGCAAAGUGAAUGGAGCUGUAGAAACAUGUUUUGGGUCAUUCCAUAGAUAUGCACAGUAUAUGAAUUUCUCACAUCCCUUGAUUAAAGCAAAAUUUAAUCCGAAGGCCUGUGCAUGGGCUUAUGGAAUGAAUUUCUUUGAUUUGGAUGCUUGGAGAAGGGAAAAAUGCACAGAAGAGUAUCAUUACUGGCAGAAUCUGAACGAGAACCGGACAUUGUGGAAACUGGGGACAUUGCCACCAGGUCUAAUCACAUAUUACGCAACAACAAAGCCACUGGAUAAGUCAUGGCAUGUUCUGGGACUUGGCUAUAACCCAAGCAUCAGCAUGGAUGAGAUAAAGAAUGCGGCAGUGGUGCACUUCAAUGGUAACAUGAAACCAUGGCUUGACAUUGCAAUGACUCAGUUCAAACCACUUUGGGCAAAGUAUGUUGACUAUGAGUUGGAGUUCGUUCAGGCCUGUAAUUUUGGUAUCUAAAUGGUUUAAUUAGUUUCUUCACACUUGGUGAUGCUGUGUCAUAUGCCACAGCAGUUAUUUGCUCGUUAUCUUUUACAUAUGUUGCUUCUACGUUUAACAGAGGUCAUAGCUGGUGCAAGAAAAAAAUCUUGCCUCUUUCUAAUUGUAAAAUACUUAGUAUAGUAAUUCUAAGAUGUCUUCUCCUUAUUUAUUCAUAAUGUUUACUCCAUAAUGAUAAGUUACAAAAUGUUGUUGAUCC